AUGGAAGCCGAGGAUGGUUUUUCCCGCAAGGAAUCCCGCUGCGGACCGUGCGUGUGGUUUGAUGGGACCUCGUGGCACGACUCGACAACCAGCCCGUGGAUAGAUCCCGAGGGGGAUCUCGAGGAGGAUGCAGACGAAGAGAAAUGCGUUGCCGAGGAUGACGGCGAUGCUGCUACGGAGUGGGACGAUGAGGAGUGGGCCGAAGAUUCCGGCGAUGCCGAGGAAUUGGCCGGCAAUAUUUGUGCCAACGCUGGGCAUUGGGCUGCAGAUGGCAGUGAUGCCGCCGAGAAGUUGGCCGAAGAUGCAGGCGAUGCCGGCAAGUGGGCCGAAGAUCCAGGCGAUGCCGGCAAGUGGGCCGAAGAUCCAGGCGAUGCAGAGUGGGCCGAAGAUCCAGGCGAUGAGGAGUGGGCCGAAGAUGCACGCGAUGCCGCUGAGUGGGCCGAAGAUCCCGAUGGCGAUGCCGCUGAGGAGUGGGCGGAAGAUCCUGUCGGCGAUGCCGCUCAGGAGUGGGCGGAAGAUCCUGUCGGCGAUGCCGCUCAGGAGUGGGCGGAAGAUCCUGUCGGCGAUGCCGCUCAGGAGUGGGCCGACGAUCCUGUCGGCGAUGCCGCUCAGGAGUGGGCCGGCGAGGAUGGCGACGAUGCCGCUCAGGAGCGGGCCGGCGAGGAUGCCGGCGAUGGUGAGGAGUGGACCGGCGAGGAUGCCGGCGAUGGUGAGAAGUGGACCGGCGAGGAUGCCGGCGAUGCCGAAGAUCCGGUCGGUGACGCCGCUGAGGAGUGGGGCGAAUCCGGCGAUGCCACUGAGUGGGUUGAGGGGGAUCCCGAUGCCGUGCAUGCAUCCGAGUCAGAUUGGAUCACGUGGCCGAAAAUGAAUCAGGUUGUGCCAAAGGACUAUCCUGAUGCAGCGGAGACGGAGCGGCUGGGUACAUUUUGGAAGAAGUACGUGACCCCAAAGGUGCCACCCGCCGAGCACGAGCCCCAAACCGAGCCGAAGCAGAACACCCAGGACCUUAUCUGGCGACUGCAGAAUAACACCACGGACGAGGAAAUGCUGGCGAUCCUCAAGAAGCUCAAGGACUCCAAAGAGUCGACUGAUUCCUCGACAGCUCCGAAGCUGGGUGCCAAGAGCAGCGAUGAGCAGGCUGGUCGAGGGCGAGCCGCCGACCUCGAGAUCUUUCCCGCUCGGAGGCUCCCUUCGAAUCUACGCCAGUGUGAGAAGCAGACCAUGCAACUUCGAAGCAAUUUACUCGGCACAGGACGUUUUGGGCCACGACCCAAUGACCUAGACUUUCUCGAAGCCUUCGCAGGAGAACACCUCCUCUUCUCUGCGGCCAAGUUUUAUGGCAUGCGUGCCCAUGCCAUCGACGUAGCCUAUUCGAGGAAGCUUGAUGUGUUGACCGCCUUCGGCUUCCUAGUGCCAGAAGACUUCGGCCGCAAGGCGUAG